CUCAUCGCCGGCUUUCCCGUAAUUGUUUUUUCUAUCCAUUCAUCCAAAUCACUGCAGACUGCCUGCAUUGUCCCAUCGGACCCAAAAUUAGCCGAACGGACUCGAACUCGCUACUACUGUUUCUUCCACAUCAUCUUUUCUUGUCUGUACGAUUGACAGCGAUCUGCAAUCGAUAUGGCCUGCCCCAUCACCGUCUCCAAGUUCGUCGGAACUGUCUCCCUGGGCCUGCUCACGGGCGUUUCGUACUCGGCCUCGACCAUCGCCAUCCCAGCGCUGAGCCAACUCCCCACCUCCGCGACCGCCUCCCGAACGCUGAGCGAAAUCAAACGUCUGAAUCGCAAGCACGGCAUCCGGCUCACCAGUAUCGCGAAUAGUUGCCUCCUGUUCGCCUACAGCAUCUCCCCGCGCCACCGCAAACACCCCUACCUGAUCUGGAUGUGCGUCGCAUCGACCGUUGGCACGUACGGCGUGGACUUUUGGUUCCAUCGCCAGGCGGGCGUGAAGGCGUGGUUUGCGGGUGUCCUGCACGAUACCGGGCUCUGGACCCAGGCCGCUCCCAAGCAGCAGAAGAAGGAGGAAGAUCUGGUGGUAGUGGAGGCGGAGGAGAACGGCGAGACUGUGCAGACUGAAAUGGACACGGAACGUCGACUGCAGCAGGUGCGGGCGGUUUUCUCCGGACUGGCUUUGGCGAUGGGCAUUGUGGGCCUCUGGGGUGAUCGUCGGUCUUGAGUACUACAUCGUACUCUGCAGUCUCUUGUGGGACUCCAUCGAAAAGAAUGUCUCGUAAAACGGGUUGAUGGGUAAACCAAGCACUGCGACGACUCCUCUCUUUUCUUGUUUCUUGGCGUGUUUUGCUCUUUGCUACGGAUUUUCUGCGACACUUUCUAAUGACGUCACCGAUGUAUGUAUAAGCCCAAAAUUUGGGGUAUGGAGUCUUGAGAUUUGAAUUCUAUCUAUUAAAGCAUGA